AUGGAAAAGGGUCGAGUAGAAGAGGGUCAAAUAAACAAGGGUCAAAUGAAGCAAGCUGAAAUGAAGGAGGAUCAAAUAAAACAAGGUCUAAUCGAGAAGAUGCAAAUAGAGGAGGGUCAAAUGGGGAAGGGUAAAUAUAAAUGCCGAGAAGAAUGGCCAUCCAUUGAGUCAGAAAGAGCAUUUAAUAUCUACCUGGGUGUCGAACUGUUGCUCAUCCCACUGAUUAUCAUGACUACAACAUACGUUUUGAUUAGCAAAACACUUUGGAUAGGGAUUCGAGUCGAAUACCCCAAAAAAUCAAAUCCUAAAUACGCAGAGAAAAAUACUAAGAAGCAAUACUUCCCUGAUACUAAGAACAUUUACGAUACACAAUGCAAUGGUGUGCAUUCGGAGAAUAACGUCACAACAAUCAACCAAUUAUCACGCCCGAAACAAAGUAAUAAUUGGCUAGUAAGAGGUAGCAGCGUAAAAAAUCAAGAAGCGAAAAAGAGGGUUGUAAAAAUGCUCUUUGUUGUAGUCGUCGAGUUUUUCAUUUGCUGGACACCCCUCUACAUCAUGCACACAUGGUCCCUGUUUGAUCCAAAGACGGUCUAUUCGAGUAUUGGUUUCGUUGGUGUCUCCAUUAUUCAUUUAUUAUCAUUCUGUUCGUGUUGCUGCAACCCAAUUACUUAUUGCUUUAUGCACAAGAAAUUCAGGCAAGGAUUUUUAAAUGCCAUGAGAUGUACUAAAAGAAAAAGAUGGCAGUCGGCUCGAAGUAGUGACUAUACAGCUACUCUGAAUAGUAUUUACAGUACUAGACUGGGUUCUAUUCAUGCGGGUAAGGAUAUAAUUAUAAUAAUUUGUAUUGUAAUAUAAGAAGGAUAAUUCAGACAGUACUUAUAGAGGGAGUUAUAGUUUUACUCUUUAUGCCUCGUGAAAACUAUUAACAGGGCCUUUCUUCCAUAUAUAUCAUGGAUUCGGUCAGGCUUACAAUGGGGAUGGACGGGUGGUGAAAGAUGGGUACCAAAACCCAUGUCCCUCAGAACGAUAGGAUGAUAUCUCGUCCCUGUCAAAGGGUAUACAAAUUUUACUCAAGUAUCACUCAAAUCAGCAUUUACAGUAAAAUGUUCCAGUAUGUCCGAGUGAUGCAUGUAAUUCAG